CCUAAUCAGAAAAUCCCCAAUCUCGUUGUGGUGUGAGGCAGGCUCAGUCAGCCAUGAGAGGCCUCGUGUGGAACACGAAACUGUUUGCGAGCAAGUUGUUCCAUGGAAGAAGAACCACUGAAUUGACACAAUGCAAUCGUGCAUAUAGCCUCAUCCCAAUGGUGAUUGAACACUCUUCCAGAGGAGAGAGAGCUUACGACAUCUUCUCUCGUCUUCUCAAGGAGCGCAUCAUUUGCAUCAACGGACCCAUCUCCGACGACACCGCUCACGUCGUCGUCGCUCAGCUCCUUUUCCUCGAAUCCGAAAACCCUUCCAAGCCCAUCCACAUGUACCUUAACUCCCCCGGUGGCGCCGUCACCGCUGGCCUUGCAAUUUAUGAUACUAUGCAGUAUAUUCGGUCUCCGAUCAAUACAAUUUGUAUGGGUCAAGCUGCGUCCAUGGCUUCUCUUCUAUUGGCUGCGGGUGCAAAGGGUGAGAGGCGUUCUCUUCCGAAUGCAACAAUCAUGAUUCAUCAACCCUCUGGUGGUUAUAGUGGCCAGGCAAAGGAUAUUGCAAUUCAUACCAAGCAGAUUGUUAGAAUUUGGGAUUCGUUGAAUGAGUUGUACUCGAAGCAUACGGGCCAAAAUGUUGAGGUUAUUCAGAAGAAUAUGGAUAGGGAUAACUUCAUGACUCCCCAAGAGGCAAAGGAGUUUGGGAUUAUUGAUGAGGUUAUUGAUCAGAGACCAAUAGCUUUGGUUUCUGAUGCUGUUGGUAAUGAAGGCAAAGAUAAAGGUUCGGAUUAGAACUGGAGGGUAAGAUUUCUUUGAGGAUUCCUUGCUGUUUUUAAAUGCCAUGUCUGCCAUCUUAGUUAUUAGUUGCAGUUGAGAUAAUUUUAUCACUUGGACAUAAUGUUUGUCAGUUUCGGUUGUUAGAUCCGACCAUUGAAUUUCAGUCUUGUGCCUCAAUUCGGUUUUAUUGGCAUUUUUUUUUUGCCACACAUAUUUUGAACUUUUUAAGUAUCCUCAUCUUGUUGAAGUUGCUAAUUAUCCACAAUAAUAUCAGAUGAUUGUUUUUGGUGAGGGAAUCUAGUUGUAUAUUUGAGAUCUAUUUUGUGUGUGUGAAAAGUAAAACUUUGAUAUCUUUGGGGUUUUUAUACAUG